AUGGCUCGCUCUUGCACCAGUUAUGAGAUCCGCUACAGCUGUGGCCACGUGGAAGAAAGAUUUGUUCACGCUUCAGGAUGUCCAAAAAAUGGAACUUGCAAAGUCAAGGUCGAAACUUCGUCAGUGAACGAAAUUUGCCCCAAUGCUGUAUGCCCCAAUGGUGGUCAUUAAAGACGUAUGUAUCCAGACAAGUAUCCCCAACAUCUGAUACUCAGCUAAUGAUAAUGUCUAGUCCUCCAAGGCUGCUUGCAUGCUAUUUGGAGGAAAUGUAACUCGGAGCAAGGGAUGUUUGUGUGGAAGUGUUCUGUAUUAUUUCUUGUUUUCCAGGGACGUGUGUUCUGAUCCUACGUUUGAAGAUUUGUAUGGAGUGUUGGGGAGGCAACGUUUUUUGAAGUGAGGUUUUCGGUUCGGUUGAGUGGUGCUAGAUUUGGGGAUAUAAGAUGUGUUAUUAUUACGACAAUUCCUUCUUUUGACAAAUGCUCAAGUAUUUUUUUAUCUUGAUUUUCACAAAUAACUUGACAUGGGCAACGAAAUUGAUGGGGAAAGAGCUCGGUCAUGACCUCUUAGCUAAGAUUAUGGCUUCACUCAAGAUCCGAGUUGGAAAAGAACUCAGCUUUACUUUGGCUCCUGGAGUGAAACCGAGAUACUGUCGCUAUCCAAAUGGCAAAGAUGUUCAUUACACGUCUGCUCAUAAUUUGACGCAGCUAAUGCCCGAUUAGCAACUGCACUUUGCGCUGCUGAAAGCACUCUUUCUUGGUUUUGGUGGAGAGAAAAUCGUACGCCAAAAGAGAAGAGAUAUGCAUGAAGCUACUUGCGGUAUUCCUCACAGGCAUCUCAAGGAGAUAAUGUGA